AUGCCAAACGAUCCUUCACUUGAGCACAGAUGGCGAAAUCAAUCAGUGACGCAGGUCCGCUGCGAUAGGCGCGAUCCUUGUGGUAACUGCCAGGAUGCAGGCGUUUCAUGUUGUCGUCAGCGAGAGACGAAGCGUAGAAGCAAAAUUACUCGCCCCCAGGAGUAUCGAAUCAUCAACUCUCCUCACAGCCCCCGUCUUCAAAUCACUCCGGAAUAUGAAAUCGAUGCAAAGCUUGCAGAUAUAAACGAUUAUAGUUUGGCCGAACUUAUGCCAGAACACUUCAUUCCAAGCCAUGAUCUAGGCGAUUCCUAUGAGCCAUGGGCAAUAAUGUCAUAUGAUCCUGCUUAUGAUGCGCAAGUGACAGUUCAGCAUCAGCUGCAACAUCUACAGGGUCUUACUGGGGAUAGACGCCGGGUUCUCGAAUCGGCCUUGUCUGUCAUCGGGGUUUUGUCUGAUGAUUCAAGAGGUCUUGUAGAAGGUAAGCAGUUUAAUGAGCAGCUCGGGGAGUUACCUCGAGUUCCCUCUACCGAAUUGCUCACCUGGAUGUUGAAAGAUAUCCAAAGUGAAAGAUUUGGGUCAUUUAUUGCGGAUUACUUCCGACAUAUAUCAAAACCGACAUUGAAAGGAAUGUGCCUCUCACUCCUUCACAACAAAGCAUCACCAUGCGAGUCAAUGAUCUACACUGUCUGUGUCAAUGCCACUGCCUAUAGAUUUCUCAUAACUAUAAUCAACCUUGAAGACGAUCCUGAACUUGUCCUUGGGCUAAAGCAGAGUGCCACAGAGUAUCGACUAGCCGCCCAGGCGGCACUAAAGCAAAUACCACUUCCAACAACACCAUCCAUUGCGCUUCUACAAGCUUUCAUCUGUGGGGCCUUUCUUUACCAAGCGUGUGGCGACGUUGGUUUGAGCGGCAACCUCAUCAAAUCCGCUUGUAAAAUCUGCAUCGACUUGGAUCUUCACAACGCGGUUCUGCACGGAAACGCAACUGAGGAAGAGAUUUUCUGUUUUAUUCGCUGCUACACAUUGAACAGAAACUAUGCGUUCAAAUCGCAGAAAUCGUGGUGUCCUUUCGACGCUCAACUACCAUCCAACCUCUGCGACUUAUACCCUAUUCACCCUCCUAUAUCUGAAUUCUUACUCAUUCAUCUAGAUCUUGCCCACGUACAAGAUACAUUAUUAUCUUGUUACUUGAGCGGGUCACUAACUAAAAAAGGUGUGUUACCACUUCAUCAUACUGGAAACUACCUGUUACGGAAGAUGCAAUACAUUCAGGGAAGAAUGAACCAAGCGGAAAUCUCUACACUGAAGUUUGCCUACCAGUCAGUCAUGACCGCAAUUUUAUAUCUUCUUCAGACAGACAAACCUCAAGUAAUUAGCACAACAGAGAAUUACCUGCAAUCAGCUCGUCGAGAACUCUCGACACUGGUGUCCAUGUGCCAAUCAGCCGAGGAACAAUCCGCGGUCAACCUUUUGAAUCGGACUGUCUUGCUCUAUCCUGCGACGGCAUAUCUUGUUCUAUUCUGUAAUGUCAUUGCCACGUCGGACAUCGGUGAUUUUAGCCUCAUGAAGGCGAUGGUUGAUUGCCUAGCUCGAAGUGGGAUAAGCUAUCCUCUUGUGCAAUUGCGGACGCUCUUUCAGAGGAUUUUAAAUAUUUCCGAAGCAUUCUUUAUUGAAGAAGGUAGCCCCGUGCAGAGGACUCCUUUGGAGCCUCAGUCAUACAGUUCGUUGUCCUAUCCAGUGGGCAACCCAUUUUCAAUCUCUUGGAAUACAGAUGAAAUGCUUUUAACCAGUCAGUAUUGA